GUUCCUCCGAGCAAUGUCCGGGCAGAGCAACAGGCCGGGUGCUGCCAGCGUCCCGCUGUCUGUUUCCGGCCUCCGGAGGAGAGGGACCGGCAGAAGCCGGGGUCUCCGGCCACCAUGUCCCGCAGUGUGUUCGGUGCCGGCCUGCUGAUCAGGGCGGUGCACUCGGUGCUGAGCUGGGGGGUGACAGCGGUGCUGUUCCUGCAUGACACCGAUCUUUACCAUCAGGAGGAUGACUGGAUCUAUCUGCAGCCUCUGACAUUCGUGGCUGCGGUCAUGUGCUCCGUGGCGCUUCAUCUCGGGGUGUCACUUAUGGACCCAGGCUAUGUAUAUAUGGACAGUGAUGAGAAGUCUUUUCCCGCGGACGACGAGCAGGAAAUGAUGUCACUGAAACCCAGCCCGGUGCGAAUGAGGCGCUGCGGAUACUGCCUUUUAAAGCAGCCAAUGAGGGCCAGGCACUGUAAAUCCUGCCAGCGCUGUGUGCGGAGAUACGAUCACCACUGCCCCUGGAUAGAGAAUUGCGUUGGUGAGAAAAACCACCGGGUCUUCAUCCUGUACCUGACCGUCCAGCUUAUGGUACUGUUCUGGGCUUUCUGUUUAGCUUGGUCUGGGUUCCAGUCUGACUUUUCUUGGAGCGGCUGGCUGCGUGUUAAUGUAUUCUUGCUCUUAGCUUUCAUGCUAAUCAGCAUCUUAACAAUGGUGGUCUGCCUGCUGCUUGUAUGUCACCUGUACCUCAUCUCCUGCAAUUCCACAACCUGGGAGUUCAUGUCCUACCAUCGUAUUGCCUACCUGAAGCAGUGCGACUCGGACACUAACCCGUUUGACAGGGGCAUUGUGCGGAAUCUGUGGAGUUUCUUCUGCACCUGUGGCACCGUGGCCUGGGAACGCGUUUAUCUCACAGAAACUUACAACGCUGUUUGAAACCAAUAUUACUUUUGUGUGAUUUGCCAGCCUUGGUCCUCACUGCGGUACUUUAAUGGAAGGAUGCUGCUAAUAGCUGCUCCAUGGAGGGGCUGGAUGACUAAGCAGCAGGUUCUAGAUGCUCAAGGCUGUGGUUCUAGUGAAGAAUUAGCUGUACCAAGUCAGAACUACCCUGUAUGAAAGGACCAACAGUUGUACCAUGAGGCAGCCCAGGCUGAUGUAUGGCAUCAGCAUCCAGUUCUGCUGAACUUUGUUGUCCCUGUAGGAGAUAUACAUCCCAUUCAGGAGUCACGGAUAUCCCCAGAAUAACAUUUCUUUCAGCAUCUUCCAGUAGCUCCUGUAGGACAUCUGUUCCGCUUAGAUGACCAGACAAUAAGUUGAGAGGGGAAUGCACCAACGUAGAGGCACAGGACAUGGAUUGUGCCAGUAACCUCCUAUUCAAAAGUCUGUGUGAUAAGAUGCUGUGGAGAUUGCUGGAGGAGACUACUCUGUCUUGGGUCCCUUUUUAGCCAUGACCUGCUUCUGGCCAGGACCUUUAUUAUUUUUUUUAGCAAGAAUAAUUUCUCUUUCAUCCAUCUGGGGGACGCUGCGCCAUUACUUGUGGGUUAGAGGUGUGUGGUUGUGGAGUUUGGCACAGAACUAUUAAAACCUGACUCCUCCCCCCUCUAACCCCUCCCAUCUCCUUCCUGCCUAGCCAGUACCUCAGUUUUAGUUUUGUGCCUGUGGAGUACAGACACAGAUUUUUUUCACUGAAGAUUUUAGUUAGGUAUUUUGUUAUUUUAUUUUGUUAUUUGAUUGCUUAUAGUGCCUAGUCCCUGUAUACAGGUGACAGGUACUGCUAGAGUGGGGUUAGCAAGGAUUUUCCCACUCUAUUCUGCCGCUGGAGGCCACCACACUUCGGUCACUGGGGCUUGAUUCCUGUUCCUGAGAAGUCGGCAGUGAGGAGGUACAGGAUAGACACAAUCUGUCUCUGACAGUAUUGGUCUAUCCUUCCUAUAUAUAUAUAUAUAUAUAUAUAUAUAUAUAUAUAUAUAUAUAUAUUUCUGUAUUUUUUAUUGCAAACUCUCCAAUCCUCUCCCCCCCCCCCACCCCCCGUUUAUUCCUCCCCCCACUCCUCUCUCCCGGACCUCCGGCGGUGAGCAGUGGCGAGGGCUUUACUUAACCCUGCUACUGUUUUGCUGAUCAGUACGGGAAGUGGUGAGUCACUCCCCAGGGGGGGCGCUAGACGCUACCCGAACAGAGCCGCUGUAUGUAGCGGCUCGCGGGAGCCGCAUUCCGACUGCACUACUGAACUAACAGGACGAAUUCCCGCCCUGCACUGCCGCGCGCGCACUCCCUCCCAGCGUCUACAAGGGCUCCAGCCGCCAUCUUCUCCAGAGGCAGUACGGGGGACGCUGUGCAGCACAUGCACACUUGUUCCUAACAGCAAGUAUAUUUUGAGCAAUAGUGUCAUUCUAUACUUUUGGGGGAGUUUGCAGAUGUAAAUUUUGAACUGGCAGAGUCUAAUUCACAGUAUAUUUACAAUAUACAUUGCACAGUGUAAUUCACAGUAUAAUUACACUAUACAUUGCACAGUAUAAUUCACAGUAUAAUUACCAUAUACAUUGCACAGUAUAAUUCACAGUAUAUUUACAAUAUACAUUGCACAGUAUAAUUCACAGUAUAAUUACCAUAUACAUUGCACAGUAUAAUUCGCAGUACUGUUCACUACUCUACUAAGUUUAUUGUUCGUUUGUAGUACAUCAGAUCUACAAAAGGGAAAGACCACCUCGGUGGUUUAUUUUUCCUGCUCACAAUGUGGGUCGAAGCUAGCUAAGGGUAGCGCGGACGCAGGUGCCCUCUGUGCUUCCUGCUCGGGUGCAUCUGUGGCGGACCAACAGGGAGGUUCCGCAGAUCAGUCUAUUCCUCCAUACGGUGAAACCUCUGUGGACUCAAAAUAUGGGCAGGUGUCUUGCUGAUUUAACUCUGUCUCUAGACAAAUUUGUGAACUCUGCCAGCAGUUCUUCUGCUACAAAACGGCCACAGCCGUUGCCGCUAUAACUUUUCCGGGGGAGGAGUUGGAGACAUCCCCAUUGGAGAAGGGGGAAGUAGACCCAGAGUGGGGCGAGUUUUCGGCCUGGGAAUAUGAGGAGUUUUCUACUAGCUCCGGUGUUAGAUUGCUGAUAUAAGCCAUUCAUCAGACUCUUAAUAUUUAGGAUAGGUGGCGGAGUCUUCCUCUGCCUUUUUCAAAAGACAAAAAAAAAAAAAAAAAAGACCGGUUACUGUCUUUCCUUCUCAUUCACACUUUGUGGAUAUUUUAAAAGAUCCUUGGCUUAAGCCGGAUUCUCGUUUUCAAGCCCUAAGAAAUUGAAAUUUCUAUAUCCUUUUACAGAGGAGGAUACAAGAUUUUGGGGAAAAACUAUGGUUAUUCCUUCUGUACAGUCUGUGACGUUGAAAGAUCCUACAGAUAGAUAUAAGUAUUGCUUCAAUUCUCCUAUGUUUUCUUUAUCAGUUUCUGUACGCCCAAUUCUAUCUGGCGCUUGGGUCCUCAAGGCCGCGGAUGACUGGCUAGCACAUGUCGUAUCUGGAAUGCAGUUGGACGAUCCAUCGGAAACGAUUCAAUUAGCAGAACAGAUUUCGGAGGCUCUUACUUAUGUGGGUGAGACCUUGUUGGAUUCUGCUGCGCUACAAUCCCGUAUUUCUGCCUUGACAGCAAGACGGUCUUUUUGGCUUCGGGUUUGGAAUGCCGAUUCUGUCUCAACGCAGACCCUGACGGCGGUACCCUUUGAAGUUGAGUUUCUCUUUGGGUCAAACUUAACGAAGAUUAUUCGGAUACUACAGCGGACAGGAGCCCUAUUCUUCCAGUUGCGCCUCAGAAACCAAAGACCACGAGGUUUCGGUCCUUUCGUAAACAGGGCAGAGGUGGUUUCCAUUCCUUUCGUGCUUUUUCUAGUUACCCACGAAGUGGGGCAUUCAGAGGUAGAGGAACACAGGUGACUCGUAGACCAGCCAGUAAACCUG